AUGUUUGAUAAUAUGCAUAAUGAAUUGGCAGAAUCGGCAAUAUCUGGCCAUUAUCUAAGUGAGUACAACAAUGGGGCUAUGAGCGCAGGAUUAUGUGUAAUCAGAAAAAGAGAAGGUUUUACAAACAAUAUACAAGUGAUUCGACUUACAGAAUGCUUUGAUGAAGUACUACUACCUGAAAG